UUACAAAAACUCUAAUUUGAACUAUUUAUAGUUAUUUUGUUUUUAAUCAAAUCAUAAACCAAUUAUCUUUACUAUACUUUUUCAUCUGUUCUCUAAAAAUCAAAUACCAUUACAAGCAUUUACACGGUUUCACAAUCUGAAUUAAUUCAUACUUACACAUGCAUGGCUUAAUCUUUGAGACAAGCAUAUGACUACUGGUAGGAUCAACCAGGUAGCAUUCCUUCGGGACGUUGGCACCGCGUGGGCCUCGACGCACUGAUCGAGCGACGGAGAGAGCCCAAUGCGAAACGCAAGCGUCGUGUGUGUCGAGCACGUGAAAUGCAUAGCAUCGGACGAACGGGGGCCAGGAGCCCGCACCCGCUAAAUGUUUCGCAUCCGAGAGCACGAUUGAACGUCGGUGCACCAAUGCUGCCACGGAGGAUUGGGUGGCGUGCUCAGGACACCGACCACGAUUAACGUCCAACCCGUGGCCCCUCGAGACACGAGACGGAUGUGGGAUGACGAGACAUCCGAUUUUCAUCGAUCCAGGUAUGCAGCACAGGAUCCCGAUUGCGCCUUCAGGAUACGACAACCGUAUAAAGAGAGAUUGAAGAGGAUGACAGAUUGACAGUUCGAUGCAUUAAGCACGAAGCUUGCCAACACGCACAACCAUAGCACCAUUCAUAUGCCCAUUGCGUAUAAAUGACAGCAUCCACGCGCGUCGAUCCACAACCCAUCCGAUCGAUUACUUGACGAGCGAGCGAAAAAAACGACGUGCAAAAUCACGUCAUAACCGCUUGGCAUGAAAAAAACACGAUCAAAGACCACGAGACUACCCCUGAUAUCCGACAGGCAAUAAUGGCACGACACCACCAAUGCUUGGCCCGACGGGACCGCACGCUUUUAAUGUUGAAAAAAAAAAAGAAAAGAAAAUGCACCUCCCAAUGCUGGUAUAUAUAAAGAAUCAUAGUCCCGACGCUAACUUGCAAAAGCUUUCACUUUCAACAGCGUCACGGCAAACGUCACAUUUUCAAUCUCAAUCAAUAAAAUCGUUGCAUAAAAUCCUUCAAUACUGUCCACAAUUUCAGCAUCCACAAACUCCAUAGCUCAGAGCUUUAACAUGGCUCAGCCCCAAAUCCUCUUGGUAACAUUUCCGACUCAAGGCAACAUCAACCCUUCUCUUCAAUUCGGCAAGAAACUAAUAGGCAAUGGCUUCCACGUCACUUUCAUGACUGCCGUCUCUGCCUUCAACCGCAUGAACAAAACCAAUUCCCCUCCUAAGGGCUUGUCGUAUGCCACUUUCUCCGAUGGUUACGACCAAGGGUUUAACUUUGGUACCGACGAUGUCAGCCAUUAUAUGGUUGAGAUCAAGCGUUGCGGUUCUCAUACCUUGAGAGAGUUCAUUGCUCGAAGUAUCAAUCAAGGUACACGGUUCGCUUGUAUUGUUUAUAGCACUCUUGUUCCUUGGGCGGCUGCGGUGGCUCGUGAGUUUAACAUUCCGACCACCUUCCUUUGGAGUCAACCUGCUACUGUUUUGAGCAUCUAUUAUCACUACUUCAAAGGCUAUGAAGAUGUCAUUGAAAAUGGUAUCAACGAGGGAUCGUCUGUGAUGGAACUUCCGGGUUUGCCAUUGCUUACUCGCCAUGAUUUGCCUUCCUUUCUCAUUCCCUCGACUCCUUAUGUUUUCACGCUCCUGGAGUUUAAAGAGCAUAUGGAGAUUCUUGACCAAGAAGUGAACCCAAGAGUUUUGGUCAACACUGUUGAUGCAUUAGAAGCUGAAGUUAUAGCAGCUAUGAACAAGUAUCAAGUAGUGGGGAUCGGACCGUUAAUGCCAUCUGCUUUUGUGGAUGAAAAAAACCCUUAUGAAACCUCCUUUGGUGGAGACCUUUUCCAGGUUAAAAUGGAGUAUAAAGAAAUGGAAUGGCUUAACUCUAAGCCUGAAAGUUCAGUCAUUUAUGUAUCGUUUGGAAGUCUUUAUGUGUUGGCGAAACCACAAAUGGAAGAAAUAGCAAAAGGGUUGCGUGAAACUGGGCGUCCAUUUUUGUGGGUGAUAAGGGAGACUAGAGGAGAACAGAAAGAAGAGGAUCAUGAGGGAUUGAGUUGUGAGAAAGAAUUGGAAAAGCAAGGGAUGACAGUGCCAUGGUGUUCACAAGUAGAAGUUCUUUCCCAUCCAUCUGUUGGAUGUUUCCUGACGCAUUGCGGAUGGAACUCAACGUUUGAAAGCUUGGUUUCAGGGGUUCCAAUGGUGACAUUUCCUCAAUGGUCAGAUCAACCAACCAAUGCAAAGCUUGUCCAGGAUGUGUGGAAGACAGGGGUGAGGAUGAGAAAGAAUGAAGAAGGAAUAGUUGAAGGUUGCGAGAUAAAGAGAUGCUUGGAAUUGGUGAUGGGAGGUGGGGAGAGAGGAGAAGAAAUGAGAAGGAAUGCCAAGAAAUGGAAACACUUGGCGAGAGAAGCUGCAAAGGAAAAUGGAUCAUCUGAUAAGAACCUGAAAGCUUUCAUGGAAGAGCUUAACGGUUGCUAAACUUGGUAUUGGUAGUGCUCAAUGGUUAACAGAUCUUUUCCUUUGUCAUUAUCUCUCUGGGGUUAGCAUUUGCUUUUUUCCACCUAUAUUUUCGUUCCGGCAAGAUGUACGUCACAUUUGUCAAUCACGAUUUUUAAGGAAUUUAUAUCUAUCAUUCUUAUUUUAUGGCAUCGGCAUGGCAAAAUCACAAAGAAGCUUACCCUAAUAUAUCCCACAUUUAGGACAGGACUCGCACAAAA